UAACCCGACCUGAUACGAUGUCGUUUUGUGAAGCUUAGGAAGAAGAAGAAGUUGAGAGCUCUGCACAAGUUUCUAGAGGAGCGAGAAGAGAUUGGAGAGAUUUCUUCAAUCGUGGCUGGAGAUUGCGUGAUCGCUGCCAUCGGAGAGACUUUUUCUCUGUUUGGUUUUGGAUCUGUUAUCGAUGGCGGAGAAGUGGAGCAGCGACGGCGGAGAUUUCACGUCGGAGGACGAGGGGACGGAGGAUUACCGCCGUGGAGGAUACCACGCCGUUCGGAUCGGAGACUCCUUCAAGAACGGACGCUACGUUGUUCAGAGCAAGCUCGGCUGGGGCCAUUUCUCCACUGUCUGGCUCGCUUGGGACACUCAAUCCUCUAGAUAUGUGGCGUUGAAGGUUCAAAAGAGUGCUCAGCACUAUACUGAAGCCGCCAUGGAUGAGAUAACCAUAUUGCAACAGAUUGCAGAUGGAGACCCUGAUGAUAAAAAAUGUGUGGUGAAGCUUUUAGAUCAUUUCAAACAUUCUGGUCCCAAUGGGCAGCAUGUUUGUAUGGUUUUUGAGUACUUGGGCGAUAAUCUGCUGACUCUCAUAAAGUACUCUGGUUACCGUGGUUUGCCCAUUCCAAUGGUUAAGGAAAUAUGUUAUCACAUAUUGGUCGGGUUGGACUAUUUGCAUCAGAAGCUAUCCAUUAUCCAUACCGACUUGAAGCCAGAGAAUAUCUUGUUGUUGUCAAUGAUUGAUCCGGCAAAGGACCCGAGAAAGUCAGGAGUUCCUUUGAUUCUCCCAAGUGACGAUGACAAGACAAUAGAUGCCAAGUUGUCUAACGGAGAUUUCAUGAAGAAUCAGAAGAAAGAUAUUCGUAGAAAGGCGAAGUUAGCAGCUGAGGAGGAUCUUACUGAACCAGAAAAAGAUCCCGAAGCAUCUGGUGCUACAAGAUUAUCCAUUGAUGGAAAACGGGAUUCUGCUUCAAAAUCAAUUGAAGAUCAUCCUUCUACUUCUACUUCUACUUCAAAUGGGUUGUCAAAAGCGGAUGGAACAAAGGAUAGCGAGAAAGGAAAUCAGGGUGGCGGUAAGAGAGGAACCCGAGCUGCUAGAAAGCAGCUUCUGACAUCUGUUGACCUCAAGUGUAAACUGGUGGACUUUGGUAAUGCAUGUUGGACUUACAAACAGUUUACAAGUGACAUUCAGACAAGACAGUAUCGGUGUCCAGAAGUAAUCCUUGGAUCUAAGUACUCUACAUCGGCAGAUCUUUGGUCAUUUGCUUGCAUAUGUUUUGAACUUGCCACCGGUGAUGUUCUCUUUGAUCCCCAUAGCGGCGACAAUUAUGACCGAGAUGAGGAUCACUUGGCUCUGAUGAUGGAACUGCUUGGCAUGAUGCCUCGCAAGGUAGCAUUAGGCGGGCGAUACUCGAGAGAUUUCUUCAACAGGCACGGUGAUCUGAGACAUAUCCGGAGAUUGCGUUUCUGGCCACUGAACAAGGUUCUGAUGGAGAAGUAUGAAUUCAAUGAGCAAGAUGCGAAUGACAUGGCCGAAUUUCUCGUUCCUAUUCUCGAUUUCGUCCCAGAGAAGAGACCGACUGCUUCCCAUUGUCUUCUCCACCCAUGGAUCAACCCCGGUCCUCAUCUUCUGGAACCAUCUGUACCGCCUCGAGACCAGAAAGCCGAGGCCAUCAACGACGAGGAAGAAGAUGUAGAAGUGAGAAUGGGGAACGUUUCCAUAUCCACAGAUCCGAAACCGAGCUAACAAAUGCAGGUAUGAGCAUCUCUUUCGAGUAGGGUUUUAUCCGAGAUUUGCCGGAAAUUCGAUCUCUGAGUUCGGGUUCUGUGAUUGGACGAGGAGAGAUCGUUAUUUCGAUCGUCUCUUCGCCCGUGAGAGCUUGAUACAAAGUGAUUUUCUCGUCUUCUCGAUCUUGUUUGUGUACCAAGUGAAUCCGAAAACGAUGCAUACAUGUAUUCAUGUGUAAUAUACGAUGGUAAAACCACUGAUUCUAUGUUUCAUGCUGCUCUAUUUCCGUUUAAUAUUGUCUCACGCGACUAGCCAGCUUCAAAAUGCGAGGACUUGGAUGAUC